UUGAUUCCAGUUAAUAAUCGAUAUGGUAACUGAUCAUUUGUUACUCAUCUUUUUGUUUUUUGUUUUUUCAGAGUAAAAGAUGACACUUAGUUGAAAUAGAAAACCAUGGAAAAGUUUGGUAUGAACUUUGGUGGUGGACCAAACAAGAAGGAGCUGUUGGAAACUAUAGAAAGUCAGAAAAAGCAACUGGCCCAGUACCAAACCCGUUUCAAAGAUGUGGUGAGGGCUUACAAAAGCCUUCUGAAGGAAAAAGAGGCUUUGGAGGCAAGCCUGAAAGUUCUCACUGUGUCCCAGGAAGCAAACUUGAACUUACGAAAUGAACAACCUUCUGGGGGCACAGACACUGGUCGGUGCUCUUCCGACCAUGGAGAUGACAAAUUUUCUGUGCACAGCGAAGACAGCGUUGGCACUGUUGCCAGUGCAGACACUGCCACCAGUGUGGCCAGCAGCAGCACGAAGGGGGAGCUGAAUGAAGAUGAAAGGGGUCUGGCUGACCAACUGGAUGCUGGGCCGGCUUCCCAAAAGUCUGAGGAGAACAAUGGAUCUGAAAGCGGCAUCAGCUGUAGCAGUGGCGAGCAGCAGGCUGCAGGAGAAGCAGACAGGAGGGUCUUCCAGUUGAAGACUCAGCUUUCGACCUUGACUAACUCUUUGGCAACGGUGACCCAAGAGAAGUCUAGGAUGGAGGCUUCUUUCCAAGCGGAUAAGAAAAUGAUGAAGCAAGACUUUGAUGAUCUCACUAAAAAGCUAGAAGAAGAAAUGAGCAAACAUGAAGCAGAAGUCAAAGGUUUGCAAGAGCAGCUGGCAGAGACCAAAGCCCGUGUUAUAACCCAGCAGCAUGAGCGGGCGCAAGAGCAAGGUGACCAUGUCCUGAUGCUGCGGGAGUUGCAAAACCUGCUGCAGGAAGAACGGGACUUGAGGCAAGAUGCAGAGCUGAGACUGGAAGAGAUGAAGGAAGCACUUGUGGAGAAAAUGUCAGCAGCUGAUCGAGUGGUGGACUGUGAGUCCCAAAUGAAGCAGCUUUCCAAGAAGAUGGAUGGGAUGAAGAAAAGUUUGCAGGCUGCAGAGGAAGAAAAGUGCAAGCCUGAUCCACGCGUAGGGGAACUGCAGCAGCAAAUAGCAGAGUUAAAGGCACAUUUUCAGGGGCAAUUGCAACAGGAGAUGAAAAAGGUAGCACAAGCUCAGGAACAGCUUCAGGAACAUUCCCAAAUGGAAGAGGGACGUGUCGCCAGCCUGGAGGACAGAAUUUCCGAGCUUUCUGAGCUUUUGGGCACGUACGAGAAAGCCAAACAAAAGGACCAGCUAACUAUUCAGAUGUUCAGAGACCACAUAUUGCAGCUUGACAUGGAAAACAAGAGUUUGGCUAAAACUGCGACCACCAGGACCUCAGUAGAUCUUACUAUUGAUGAGGCCAAUUUGAAUGUGAACAUGUUGAAAGACAAACUGGAAAAGCUGAAGAAACUGCUGUUAUUGGCAGCACAGAAAUCCCAGCAGUCUAUUGACAUUGAGAAACUCUGUGAGGCAUCAGAUGGGGAAAAGGCGUCCGUUGCUUAUUACCAGCAGGAACUGAAGCAGCUAAAGGAAGAGUUUGAGCGAUACAAGAUGAGGGCUCAGGUGGUGCUCAAAAACAAAAACGCUAAAGAUGGUAGCAUGGCCAAAGAGCUGGAAGAAGCGCAUAAUCAGCUGUCUGAGCUCAAAGAAAAGUACAUUUCCCUCCGUCUGUCCUGUGAUGAAAUGGAAAUCAAGCACAAACAGGAGCUUGAAGUAAAGCAGCAGCAUACCUUAAACGUACAGCAAGGUCAAAAGCAAAGGCUGGAAAAGUUAGAAAAAGACUAUCAUGAAAGGGCACUUAAACUGGAGGAGGAGCUGCAUAAGCAAAGAGACCGGACCCUUGCCCUGUUGACAGAAAAAGACCAAGAGCUAGAGAGGUUGAGGUCCAUGUCUUUUGGUUACAGCUUGACUGGGCAUAAAAGCUACAGCGAGAACAAUGCAGCAGUGGAGAGGGAAGGAAAUAGUGGUAGCAGUGACUGUCCAGAUGAGUCUCAAGACAUCAUUGCACAGGCUCUGAAGCUGGCAGGGCCUAACGAGCCUAAUCUGCUUCUGUGUGCUGAGCAGUUAGCUCGGAAGCAGGUGGAGGUCAGUACUUUGAGGAAACUGAAACACGGACUUGAAGGAGAGGUGCGUAAGCUUCAAGAUACACUUCUUACUAACGAAGAACGACAUAGUGAAGAGAUCAGUUUGCUUAAAGAUCAUAUUCAGAAGAGUACUAGAGACCAGAGCCGGGAAGGUGCCAAUCUCGAGUACCUGAAGAACAUUAUCUACAGGUUCUUGACUCUGCAGGACACUCUUGGGCGCCAGCAGACACUAACUGCCAUUCUGACUAUUUUACACUUCAGUCCCCAGGAAAAACAGGCUGUGUUGAAAUAUCAGGCUAGCAGCUGGUGGAGUUCUGGAGCAAGAUAAAACAGCUCAAAGUCGUAAAGUCGUGCAUGUGCGUGUGUGAGUGUAUGUAUGUAUGUGUAUGUGUGUGUGUGUGUGUGUGUGUGUG